CAUGUAGUUAAUUACACACGUGUCAAUUAAAAAUGAAUGAAACCUCUCGAAUGGAAUCUCCCGCUUUCUCGAGCGCCGUUUCAUUUUACCCUAUUCACGCACUCUCUCCCUCUUUCUAUUUGUGUGUAAAGUAAAACUGCACGCACCUCGGCUUCGAAAAUGGCAAAUGAAAUUCGAUACUUUGAGUUGAACACCGGAGCCAAAAUCCCCUCUGUUGGAUUAGGCACAUGGCAGGCUGAUCCCGGUGUCGUUGGUGACGCUGUUGCCGUUGCCAUCAAGGCUGGAUACCGCCAUAUUGAUUGUGCUCGAAUCUAUGGCAAUGAAAAAGAGAUUGGUUCGGUGCUGAAGAAAUUGUUUCAAGAUGGUGUGGUUAAGCGUGAGGAUUUAUUUGUUACCUCUAAACUCUGGUGUACUGAUCAUGCACCAGAAGAUGUACCAGAGGCAUUGGACCAAACUUUGCAGGACUUGCAGCUUGAUUAUGUUGACUUAUACCUUAUUCAUUGGCCUGUUAGCAUGAAGAAAGGGUCUAUUGGCUUCAAGCCUGAGAAUCUUGUUCCACCAAAUAUACCUGCCACAUGGAAAGCCAUGGAGGGACUCUAUGAUGCUGGCAAGGCUCGAGCUAUUGGUGUGAGUAAUUUUUCUUCAAAGAAGCUUGGAGAUUUGUUGGAAGUCGCACGGGUGCCUCCUGCUGUUAACCAAGUGGAGUGCCAUCCUUCAUGGCAGCAAAAUAAGCUACAUGAAUUCUGUAAAUCUAAGGGUGUUCACCUAUCUGGAUAUUCUCCAUUGGGUUCUCCGGGUACAACAUGGCUCAAAAGUGAAGUUCUCAAGCAUCCAGUACUAAAUACGGUUGCUGAGAAAUUAGGCAAAACUCCUGCACAAGUUGCUCUGCGCUGGGGCCUGCAAAUGGGUCAUAGUGUGCUUCCCAAAAGCACAAAUGAAGAGAGGAUAAAGCAGAACCUUGAUGUCUACGGCUGGUCUAUACCUGAUGAUUUAUUUGCCAAGUUUUCUGAAAUUGAGCAGGCUAGGCUGAUAAGAGGGACUUCAUUUACCCACGACACUUUCGGUGUAUACAGGUCUGUUGAAGAACUCUGGGAUGGUGAGAUUUGAGGAAAUGCAGUAUUUCAUAUUUAGAAGGAGAUCAAGAGGAUAGCCUUGAUACCGAUCAAAGCUCUUUCGAUGUUCGCUCUUUUGAAAUUUGAGACUUUGUAGUGAAGUAAUGAGUCUUUAUUUAGAUUCUGCUUAUUUCUAGUAAUUGAUUUCGAUUGCAUUGAUUGGCCUUUGAUAAACAUCACAGCUCUGGUAUAAAUUCUAUUAGGGCUAGAUAAAUAAAAGUUCUGUUAGUGCCU